AUGAAUUUGUUCACGCUCGGGAGGAUCCUUAAGGAUACAGAAAGUACAGUGUCCUGGAUACGAGAGAGGGGCUUGGUGCUUACCACAAUGAUCUGUCCCCACUGUGGUCAUGAACUAUCACCAAAGCCGUCGCAGCGGACCUUCGGGCGCUUUCGGUGCCGCCGCAACCACGCCGAGUUCUGCCAGUCCACCACCGUCGGAACCUGGUUUGAAAACAUCAGACUGGCACCGGAACAAGUCUUAAUUUUGAUCUAUUGCUUUUCGAAGAAGAUGACCUUUCGGCAAGCAAUAGAUGAAGCGUCGCUAUCAUCAGAGAGCACCAUGUCCGAGGCAACGGUCGCGGAUUGGUACUCCUACUGUAGGGAGGUAUGUACAGACUCCAUUGCGGACGUCCAGAGCGGCAAAAUCGGUGGCACGAACCACACCGUCGAAAUUGAUGAGUGCAAGAUCGGCCGACGGAAGUACCCCCGGGGUCGCGUAGUUGAGGGAACAUGGGUUCUAGGGCUCAUAGACGUCACUACAAAGGAGCUUCGCCUUACCAUUUGUCCACCCGACAAAAGGGACAAGGACACACUCCUUUCCCUCGUAGAUGCGAACGUCGAAAAAGGAACCACCCUACACACCGACUGCUGGAAGGGUUACGGCGGACUGACCGCCGAAGAAUUUCGUCGCAUGACCGUUGAUCACGGAUACCACUUCGUCGAUACAGACAACGACGUGACAACGAACCACAUAGAGUCACAGUGGAGAUCACUCCGGACCCCUUUGACAGGCUAUUGGGUGACAUCAAGCGUCUGUAUAAGCCCAUAUCUGUCAUUAAGCCCGGACUUGACACUUAAAUCCCAACUGGAUGCGCUGUAUACGUUGUAA